GCCGGCGAGGGCGGGGGGAGCGCGCGGGCAGCGAGAGGCGAGCCGAGAGUGGAGGAGGCGGCGGCGGCGGGAGCGCUCCCCAGGAAUGUCGCUGCCGCCGCCACCGCCGGGGCCGCUGCCGUUGAGGAGGCGACGGAGGAGACCGGCGUUGUUAGGAAGAUGAUCUAUAUGAUCUUGAAGACCUUUCUUUGGCGAUGAAGGAACUACAAAGAACCAAAUAUAAUUCUGAAAUUCAGGAUCUGUAUUUUGAGAUGGUUUUAUUUUCAGAAUGAAAAGUAUAUAUGGUUGCCUUUUUGAAUGUAGAGACAUGAGAAAAGAGUUAUGAUGGCAAAAAACAAAGAGCCUCGUCCCCCAUCCUAUACCGUCAGUGUAGUUGGACUCUCGGGGACUGAAAAAGACAAAGGUAACUGUGGAGUUGGAAAAUCUUGUCUGUGCAAUAGAUUUGUACGCUCAAAAGCAGAUGAAUAUUAUCCAGAGCAUACUUCUGUGCUUAGCACCAUUGACUUUGGAGGCCGCGUAGUAAACAAUGAUCACUUUUUGUACUGGGGUGACAUAACACAAAAUGGUGAAGAUGGAAUAGAAUGCAAAAUCCAUGUCAUUGAACAAACAGAGUUCAUUGAUGACCAGACUUUCUUGCCUCAUCGAAGUACAAAUUUACAACCAUAUAUAAAACGUGCAGCUGCCUCUAAAUUGCAGUCAGCAGAAAAACUAAUGUACAUUUGCACCGAUCAGCUGGGUUUGGAGCAAGACUUUGAACAGAAACAAAUGCCUGAAGGGAAGCUUAAUGUAGAUGGAUUUUUAUUGUGUAUUGAUGUAAGUCAAGGAUGUAAUAGGAAGUUUGAUGAUCAACUUAAAUUUGUGAAUAACCUUUUUGUCCAGCUUUCAAAAUCCAAAAAGCCUGUGAUAAUAGCAGCAACUAAAUGUGAUGAAUGUGUGGAUCAUUAUCUUAGAGAAGUUCAAGCGUUUGCUUCAAAUAAAAAGAACCUCCUUGUAGUGGAAACAUCAGCACGGUUUAAUGUCAACAUUGAGACAUGUUUCACUGCAUUGGUACAAAUGUUGGAUAAAACUCGUGGCAAACCUAAAAUUAUUCCCUAUCUGGAUGCUUAUAAAACACAGAGACAACUUGUUGUCACAGCAACAGAUAAGUUUGAAAAACUUGUACAGACUGUGAGAGAUUAUCAUGCAACUUGGAAAACUGUUAGUAAUAAAUUAAAAAAUCAUCCUGAUUAUGAAGAAUAUAUCAACUUAGAGGGAACAAGAAAGGCCAGAAAUACAUUCUCAAAGCAUAUAGAACAACUCAAGCAGGAACAUAUAAGAAAAAGGAGAGAAGAAUAUAUAAGUACCUUGCCAAGGGCUUUUAAUACUCUCUUGCCUGAUCUAGAAGAGAUUGAGCAUUUGAAUUGGUUGGAAGCUUUGAAGUUAAUGGAAAAGAGAGCUGAUUUCCAGUUAUGCUUCGUGGUGCUAGAAAAAACACCUUGGGAUGAAACUGACCAUAUAGACAAAAUUAAUGAUAGACGGAUCCCAUUCGACCUCCUGAAAACUUUAGAAGCAGAAAAGGUCUAUCAAAACCAUGUACAACAUCUGAUAUCAGAGAAAAGAAGAAUAGAAAUGAAGGAGAAAUUCAAGAAGACUUUAGAAAAAAUUCAGUUCAUUUCACCUGGACAACCAUGGGAGGAAGUUAUGUGUUUUGUUAUGGAAGAUGAAGCAUUCAAAUACAUCACUGAGGCUGAUAGCAAAGAAGUAUAUGGUAGGCAUCAGCGAGAGAUAGUUGAAAAAGCCAAAGAAGAGUUUCAGGAAAUGCUUUUUGAGCAUUCGGAACUUUUUUAUGAUUUAGAUCUUAAUGCAACACCAAGUUCAGAUAAAAUGAGUGAAAUUCAUACAGUUCUAAGUGAAGAACCUAGAUAUAAAGCUUUACAGAAACUCGCACCUGAUAGGGAAUCUCUUCUCCUUAAGCAUAUAGGAUUUGUGUAUCAUCCCACUAAAGAAACCUGCCUCAGUGGCCAAUAUUGUACAGACAUUAAAGUGGAGCACUUACUUGCCAGUAGUCUUUUACAGUUGGAUCAUGGCCGCCUACGCUUGUAUCAUGAUAGUACCAAUAUAGACAAAGUUAAUCUUUUCAUUUUAGGGAAAGAUGGUCUUGCCCAGGAACUAGCAAAUGAGAUAAGGACUCAAUCCACUGAUGAUGAGUAUGCCUUAGAUGGAAAAAUUUAUGAACUUGAUCUUCGGCCUGUUGAUGCCAAAUCGCCUUACAUUUUGAGUCAGUUAUGGACUACAGCCUUUAAACCACAUGGGUGCUUCUGUGUAUUUAAUUCCAUUGAGUCAUUGAGUUUUAUUGGAGAAUUUAUUGGAAAAAUAAGAACUGAAGCGUCUCAGAUCAGAAAAGAUAAAUAUAUGGCUAAUCUUCCAUUUACAUUAAUUCUUGCUAAUCAGAGGGACUCCAUUAGUAAAAAUCUACCAAUUCUCAGGCAUCAAGGACAGCAGUUGGCCAACAAAUUGCAGUGUCCUUUUGUAGAUGUACCUACUGGUACGUAUCCUCGUAAAUUUAAUGAAUCACAAAUAAAACAAGCUCUAAGAGGAGUAUUGGAGUCAGUUAAACACAAUUUAGAUGUGGUGAGCCCAGUUCCUACCAAUAAGGAUGUGUCCGAAGCUGACUUGAGGAUUGUCAUGUGUGCCAUGUGUGGUGAUCCAUUUAGUGUGGAUCUCAUUCUUUCACCCUUCCUUGAUUCUCAUUCUUGCAGUGCUGCUCAAGCUGGACAGAAUAAUUCCUUAAUGCUUGACAAAAAUGAUUGAAAAAGGAGGCGAAUACAGAUCACAAUAUUGUCAUACCAUUCUUCAAUUGGAGUAAGAAAAGAUGAACUGGUUCAUGGGUAUAUAUUAGUUUAUUCUGCAAAACGGAAAGCAUCAAUGGGAAUGCUUCGCGCCUUUCUGUCAGAAGUUCAGGAUACCAUCCCUGUACAACUGGUGGCAGUUACUGACAGUCAAGCAGAUUUUUUUGAAAAUGAGGCUAUCAAGGAGCUAAUGACUGAAGGAGAACACAUUGCAACGGAAAUAACUGCUAAAUUUACAGCAUUGUAUUCUUUAUCUCAGUAUCAUCGGCAAACUGAGGUCUUUACACUGUUUUUCAGUGAUGUUCUAGAGAAAAAAAAUAUGAUAGAAAAUUCCUAUUUGUCUGAUAACACAAGGGAAUCCACCCAUCAAAGUGAAGAUGUUUUUCUCCCAUCUCCAAGAGACUGUUUUCCCUAUAACAACUACCCUGAUUCAGAUGAUGACACAGAAGCACCACCUCCUUAUAGUCCAAUUGGGGAUGAUGUACAAUUGCUUCCAACACCCAGUGACCGUUCCAGAUACAGGUUAGAUUUGGAAGGAAAUGAGUAUCCUAUUCAUAGCACCCCAAACUGUCACGAUCAUGAACGUAACCAUAAAGUGCCUCCACCUAUUAAACCUAAACCUGUUGUACCUAAAACAAAUGUGAAAAAACUGGAUCCAAACCUUUUAAAAACAAUAGAAGCUGGUAUUGGUAAAAAUCCAAGAAAACAGACUUCCCGGGUACCUAUGGCACAUCCUGAAGAUAUGGAUUCUUCAGAUAACUAUGCGGAACCAAUUGACACAAUUUUCAAACAGAAGGGCUAUUCUGAUGAGAUUUAUGUUGUCCCAGAUGAUAGUCAGAAUCGAAUUAUUAAAAUUCGAAAUUCAUUUGUAAAUAACACUCAAGGAGAUGAAGAAAAUGGGUUUUCUGAUAGAAUUUCAAAAGGUCAUGGGGAACGUAGGCCUUCAAAAUACAAAUAUAAAUCUAAAACUUUGUUUAGUAAAGCCAAGUCAUACUACAGAAGAACACACUCAGAUGCAAGUGAUGAUGAGGCUUUCACAACUUCUAAAACUAAAAGAAAAGGAAGACAUCGUGGAAGUGAAGAAGAUCCACUGCUUUCGCCUGUUGAAACUUGGAAAGGUGGUAUUGAUAAUCCUGCGAUCACAUCUGACCAGGAGGUAGAUGAUAAGAAGAUGAAGAAGAAAACCCACAAAGUAAAGGAAGAUAAAAAGCAGAAAAAGAAAACUAAGACCUUCAAUCCACCAACACGUAGAAAUUGGGAAAGUAAUUACUUUGGGAUGCCCCUUCAGGAUCUGGUUACAGCGGAGAAGCCUAUACCACUAUUUGUUGAAAAAUGUGUGGAAUUUAUUGAAGACACAGGAUUAUGUACUGAAGGACUGUACCGUGUAAGUGGAAAUAAAACUGACCAAGACAACAUUCAAAAGCAGUUUGAUCAAGAUCAUAAUAUCAAUCUAGUAUCAAUGGAAGUGACAGUAAAUGCUGUGGCCGGAGCUCUCAAGGCUUUCUUUGCUGAUCUGCCAGAUCCUUUGAUUCCAUAUUCACUCCACCCAGAGCUAUUAGAAGCAGCAAAAAUCCCAGAUAAAACAGAACGUCUUCAUGCCUUGAAAGAAAUUGUUAAGAAAUUUCAUCCUGUAAACUAUGAUGUAUUCAGAUAUGUUAUAACACAUCUAAACAGGGUUAGUCAGCAAAAUAAAAUCAACCUAAUGACAGCAGACAACUUAUCCAUCUGCUUUUGGCCGACUUUGAUGAGACCUGAUUUUGAAAAUCGGGAGUUUCUGUCUACCACUAAAAUCCAUCACUCUGUCGUUGAAACAUUUAUUCAACAGUGGUCAGUUUUCUUUUACAAUGGAGACAUUGUAGAAACUACGAACACUGUGGCUCCUCCCCCACCCACAAAUCCAGGACACUUGGUGGAGCCAAUGGUGCCACUUCAGUUGCCACCACCAUUGCAACGCAGCUCAUUCAAACCCAGGCCGCAGACAGAUCCUCUUGGUAUUAUAUAA